UACGCGUUCCAAAAUGGAACGGAGGCGUUCCGUUCCAUCGAGCCGCACACGAUUGGUCAAUUUGAACCGUGACGAACGCCAUGACGUCAAUUGUGACGUGAACCGUGACGUCUUGCAGCUGUCAAUCAUUCCGUGUCGUCUGCUAACGGACGAACGCAACGGAACGGUUGCCGAGUCCGUCCGUUUCGAUAGAACGGAUUAGAACGGCUACCAGACGACUUGGAUUGGAUUAAAACGUAAGCGCUUGGGACAGUUAGCCUCUUUCGUAUCCGGUUCAAUCCAAAUCGGGAAUCCCAACAGUUGGAGAAAAUGGCGUUUUCUUUCUCUGCCGUGUCUUUUCGUGUCGCCUGUGCGGCUGCUGCAGUCGCGCAGAGACGAUGACCCGAGGUAGAUGAUGCAUUUAAAGAGUUGACGGAGGAAGAGUUCCGGCAAUAUUUUCGUCUGUCCAAACGAACAGUGCGUCGCUUGUGCGACGAGCUUGACUCCAUCAUUGGAUGCCAGCGAGCCAGUGGCCUUUCCACAGAAAGGAAGGUGUUGUGCGCGCUGCGAUUUUUCGGCACUGGAAGCUUCCGGAGGAGCGUUGGUCGCGAGGAGCAAAUAGGCAUGGCGCAGCCGGCCGCGAGCAACACCAUCCAGGAGGUGACGGAGGCCAUCAUUUCCGUGUCUGCCCGGAGAAAGUUGGUGGACUUUUCAUUGACACCGGCUGCCAAGGAUGAGGCAAAGGCGGCGUUUGCGCGACGCGGUGCCAUUCCAGGCGUGCUAGCGUGCGUCGACGGCACGUUGAUCGCCGUUAUGAAGCCAGAGGGACUCAGCCCGGCCGACACGGCGAGCUUCAUGUCGAGAAAGGGUUAUUACGCCCUCAACGUCAUAGUCGUGUGCAACUCGGAACUUUGCAUCCUUGUUGUGGACCUCCGGCUCCCUGAUUCGGGCCACGACUCUUGGAUGUGGCAGCAUAAUCCACUGUGUACGCGCCUCGCCACACAACUGCAGCCUGGCGAGUCUCUGCUUGGUAAGUAUUCGUAAUGUGUACCCCUAACUAGGGCAGAGCACUUUAGUUGGUAACAACUUUGUUGAUAGUCACAGGAAUAUUGAUGUCACAGGAAUGGUGAGCUUUCAUAACACAUACAUAAUUUAUUUAUACAAAUUGCAAUGCCCCUAGGCUAUCACAAGGCUGUGUUUGUACAGUGGAAAAUACAUUAAAGAACUUGUAUACACACCAAGUACCCCUCCAUACGGAUGGUCAAUGUUUCCAAAUCAAAACAUCCGACAGAUUAUGAUAAUUUAAACACAAACGAAGUAAAGUUAUACAAAAAUCCUUCAAAAAGAAUGCCACAGCCGUGGACUCGGAAACAAUUGUACCCUCUUCACUGUGCAAGAGGCUCCAAGGUUUGCAUAAACCUCGGACACUCUUGCACAGGUUUGCAUAAUUUUCAUAAAACACACCAGAACGAUCACAACCCCCACAUCCUGUGCAUUCGGGCGCUCGGUGUACAUUAGUAGGAACGAUGCAAUAUGCUUGCUAGCCACCUCUUGUGCUAGGUGUAUGAAAACUUCCAUGCAAGCAUGAAUACGCAGACGAGGCAAGCAAGUAAAGCGUAAUGAAUGCGGAUUCAACCACAAAAGAAAAAAUCUAGCACUGAAUGUUGUGACAUUAUACUCGUCACAUCAUGUCUAAAUGGGUAGACGUAAAUUAACGUGAAAGCACAAAAAAUACAAAGGUCAACUUUAUUACAUGGUAUGACGACAAGUACAGAGGCCAACACACAUCUCUAGAACGCGCAAAUCAUGUUUGCAGG